ACAAUUCUCUUUCCAGUCUGGCAGGGCACGACCAUAGACGAAAAUCUCUUGGACGCCCUAAUGCUGAACACGACCAGAAUUGGUCAUGGAUUUACUUUGAGCAAACACCCAGCAGUCAAGUCUUACUCCUGGAAGAAGGACAUCCCCGUUGAAGUCUGUCCCAUCUCCAACCAGGUUCUGGAACUGGUGUCCGACCUAAGAAACCACCCUGCCGCCACUCUGAUGGCCACGGGACACCCGAUGGUGAUCAGCUCUGAUGACCCGGCUGUCUUCGGUGCCAAAGGCUUGUCCUACGAUUUCUACGAGGCCUUCAUGGGCCUCGGGGGCAUGAAGGCUGACUUGAGGACCCUAAAGCAGCUGGCCAUCAACUCAAUCAAGUAUAGCACGCUGUCAGAGGCCGAGAAGGCGGCUUUCAAGGCCAUCUGGGAGGAGAGAUGGAAUGCGUUCGUUGCCAAAGUGGCUGCGACGUGA